AUGUCUGGAGACAAGGCUCCGGCAUUGGUCUCAUCUCAAGCUGAUCUAAUACCUUAUAACGUAUCAGAUGCAUCCCCGGUUGAUCCAAAGUCCAAGAAAGGGUACCAAGAACGCUUCAUCCACAGCGAGAUAUAUAAGCGAUUUCCUCACGUCAAUAGCGUAGUUCACAGCCACUCCGAAGCUGUGCUCCCGUACACCAUGAGUGGAGUGCCGAUGAGGCCAACCUUCCACAUCGCUGGCUUUCUUGGUCCCCAUGUCCCAACCUUCGAUAUCAAACCUCUCUAUAAGCCUGAAGACCAACAAGACAUGCUAGUAAACUCACAAUUCUUGGGAUCCAGCCUCGCCUCGAAGUUUUCCGCAGAAGGCUCCCCGAAUCAGGCCCGCAACGUUGUCCUCAUGACGUCCCACGGCUUCACGACCGUCGGAACGAGCAUCCAGCAAGCCGUCUACCGAGCCAUCUACACCCAUGCAAACGCCAACGUCCAGACGAACGCCCUGCUGAUCCGGAAUGCCUCGAUGAAUCUCGGCUCGGGCUCAUCGACCACAUCUCCACUGGAAGAUAUGCGAUAUCUAGAUGACGACCAGGUCGCUGGGUCCUUGAGCAUGAACGAUGCGUCGCAAGACAGACCGUGGGCGCUCUGGGUGCGAGAAGUCGAAGCCAGUCCACUGUAUAGCAAGAGCAGCAGCAGAGCCCUUGUCGUGGAUAAGCGGUUCUUGUUUUGA